CGUGUAAUGAAAAGAUAGAAGUGAUUCCACGUAUCCACUUUAUUGUCAUAACUGUGAUAACUAGUCGGUAGUUUAGUAUCAGCUUUUAAUAUAAGAAGCAAUUCCAAGAGUCCAAGGGCCAAUUAAAGUCUAGUAGUUACACUAAGCCUUAACCUCCUUAAGAAAUCAUUGGCCUGGGUCUGUCUCAGUGUGCUAACUAAAUCAAGUUUCACACUAAAGCUCUACACCAGGUCACAGAGGUUCAAAGAAUUUAAUUCGGUUAAUAGGAUUAAGCCAAACCAGGAAAGCCAGAUAGCAACCUCCGUGUUGCCGCGCUGGUCGAUGUCCACAAUUUCUACAGGUUUAAUUUCGAGGAUAUGCUUGGAAUUUUUUUCGACGAUAUGUAAUCGGACAUGUUUUGUGUUAGAAUCUGAUGUGUUAACAGACAAAAAUGGGUCUGUUGGAUAAAUUGUCAGGGUGGCUGGGCUUGAGGAAGAAAGAAGUCAACGUGUUGUGCUUGGGCCUUGACAACAGCGGCAAAACAACCAUUAUCAACCACCUUAAACCGACAAAUCCAACGGGCUCUUUUGGCCCAUUGUCAGAAGACUGGAAACAUGUUAGUCAGACCCAGACACAAGACAUAGUCCCGACAAUUGGCUUCAACAUUGAAAAGUUCAAGAGUUCAAGCCUUUCCUUCACAGUCUUUGACAUGUCUGGUCAGAGCAGAUACAGGAACCUGUGGGAGCAUUACUACAAGGAAAGUCAUGCCAUCAUAUUUGUCAUCGAUAGUGGAGAUCAGCUGAGAAUGGUUGUUGCCAAAGAAGAACUAGACAAUCUUUUAAGUCACCAAGAUAUCCGCAGUCGAAGGAUGCCCGUGUUGUUCUUCGCUAACAAGAUGGACCUGAGAGACGCUCUCUCCUCCGUCAAGGUCUCCCAGCUCCUAUGUCUGGAGAACAUCAAAGACAAGCCCUGGCACAUCUGUGCAAGCGAUGCUGUUAAAGGAGAGGGUAUUCAGGAGGGAGUGGAUUGGCUACAAGAUCAUAUCAAAACAAUGCAGACAUGAGGUCGUAGAGGGGCAGACGUUUGCUGCCAUGGAUACAGGAAGCAGGGUAAAACUACCAAGCAUUCUUGACUGGGACCAAAUGACCCAAAUGGAAUUCACUGUUAUGUGUUGGUGCUGUCUAAGAGGACUAUCCUGUGUGGUAUUAACUGUGUUGCAUUGAGCGGUUGUACUUAUUUUUACCUUAUUAUUAUUGUUACCUUGUUAUUUGAUGCUGCUUGUUUUUGUAUGCCAUGGAACAUGCUGAUCUUCUCACACAUUAGAUCAGCCACUCCUGUGUUGUAUUUCAAUUUGUCUUACUUAAUAAAAGCUUGGUAUUUGCUCAGUU